AUGUCGUCGAUGGAAACCCAAAAAAUCAAAGCUUCUUUCAUCUCUCUCCGAAGCGAAAAGAUUUGGCUGUUCGAGAAGACAGAUUUGAGGAUUAAAGGAAGAAUCACUGUAAAAACCGCUAGUUCAAUGGAAGCUAAAGGACUCAUAUGCGGCCUCCCAGCUAAGAACGUUAUACCAAGGCUCAGACAAUAGCCACAACAGCCACAACAGCCACAACAGCAGGCAAAUAACAAUUAACAAAACGAGGUGGAUGAUGAACUGAAGGAGAUAACAGAGCUAGAGUUUAGGCAGUCUUGUCCUCACCUUGGCUACUUAAUACGAAUCGAACUAGAGGAAGAAGACAUUGAUCCACUCUACAAGCAAUGGUUCAGAAACAUGAAAAAGGAUGCACACAACAACACUGCUAAGAAACGCCCAAGAGAGGAAAGAGGAGAGUCAAGCCGCAGGAAUCUAUGAGUUCAUGUUUUAAUGGUUAAUGUGUCUUUAGUUCAUGUAAUAUCUUGACUCUGUUAAGUUAACUUUAUGUAAUAUGAUAUUUUAUGAUUCAUUGUC